GCGUAAUUCGUCGCAGCUUAGAUCUUUUCUAAUUUCAUCUAGAGUUGUCUCUUGCCCGGUUCUAUCAUGUCUUGAGUCUUGUGAGCUCUUAGUUUCCAGUUGACAAGGUGCCACAACAACACAAACACAACUCUACUUCAAAAAAGCUGACCGCUUAACUUAUUACUUCAACUAUUAUUAUAGAUUUAAUUUGAUAACUCGCCUUUAAACUGAAGUACUAAAGGGGCUCGUUUUCGUGGUGUUCUGUCGGUAAUUUUUAUACUAUUAUUAUAUCCAAGUCUCUUAGUCUUUGAGCAAUGUUGUGGGGAUGUGGAGGGUUUGGUUUUACGAGACUCGGGGCUUAUGGUUUUUUUUUCUACCCCUCGUUUUUGCUUCCGCACUACAUGAAGGGCGUGUUGAUAUUAGUGGUAUUUGUGUAUAAGGGCUUAACGUCCCGCAAUGGCACCGGCACCCUGUAAGGUUCGGCACGCUCGCCGCGAAGAUGUACCAAUCAUUCUUGAACAGAUUCGCGAGUUGGCAGACUAUGAACAUGAACUUAAUUCAGUCGAGGCAACCGAGGCUACUCUCCUGUCCACGAUAGCCUUCACGCCUGAUAACGUUGAAUCGACUUCUACCGCCCCAAACACAGAGCCCACAUCGCCUUCAAAGCCGGCGCGAUGCCUUCUGCUAUUCAACGAAGAAGAUAAACCAGCUGGCAUGGCGCUGUACUUUUACAACUAUAGCACGUGGCGAUCAAAACCUGGUAUUUACCUCGAGGACUUAUUUGUUCGGCCUACGGACCGGAAAAAGGGCUACGGAAAGAGGCUCCUUGUCGAGUUGGCUAAGGAGGUCGUGGCGACGAACGGCGGUAGGCUUGAAUGGAGCGUGUUGAAGUGGAACGAGCCGAGCAUUCAAUUUUACGAAUCUAUCGGAGCUAAGAAGAUGGACGACUGGGUGGGCAUGCGAGUUGACCGCGAAGGCUUAACCAAGUUAGCUGGACUAUUAGACUGAGUGUUUUAGCCGGCGAUAAUUUAUAUAAAUCUGUCUUAUGAAGUCCAUAUGAUUUGUUGUUCGAGAGCAUC